CGCGCGCGCAACGGUGGCAAAGACACAGGCGCGCUUCUCCGCCUGGCCUCCAGCGCCCUUCUUGCCCCCCGUCCGCGCGUCCCAGCCGCCCGCCAGGCCACCGGCUGCCGAUCAGGCGCCCAGGCCCCGCGCCCGCCGCCCAGGACCGGCCCGUGCCCCGCAGGCCGCCCGCCGCCCGCGCCGCCAUGGGGGUGGAGGGCUGCACCAAGUGCAUCAAGUACCUGCUCUUCGUCUUCAAUUUCGUCUUCUGGCUGGCUGGAGGUGUGAUCCUAGGCGUGGCCCUGUGGCUUCGCCAUGACCCUCAGACCACCAACCUCCUCUACCUGGAGCUCGGAGACAGGCCUGCACCCAACACCUUCUACGUAGGCAUCUACAUCCUCAUUGCCGUGGGUGCUGUGAUGAUGUUUGUCGGGUUCCUGGGCUGCUACGGAGCCAUCCAGGAGUCCCAGUGCUUGCUGGGGACGUUCUUCACCUGCCUGGUGAUCCUCUUCGCCUGUGAAGUGGCCGCCGGCAUCUGGGGUUUUGUCAACAAGGACCAGAUCGCCAAGGACGUGAAGCAGUUCUACGACCAGGCCUUGCAGCAGGCCAUAAUGGACGACGACGCCAACAAUGCGAAGGCUGUGGUGAAGACCUUCCACGAGACGCUUAACUGCUGUGGCUCCAACGCGCUGACCACAGUGACCACCUCUGUGUUCAAGAACAGCCUGUGUCCCUCGAGCGGCAACGUCAUCAGUAACUUGCUAAAGGAGGACUGCCACGGGAAGAUCGACGAGCUCUUCUCGGGGAAGCUGUACCUCAUCGGCAUCGCCGCCAUCGUGGUGGCUGUGAUCAUGAUCUUCGAGAUGAUCCUGAGCAUGGUGCUUUGCUGUGGCAUCCGGAGCAGCUCGGUGUACUGAGGCCGAGGCCGCAGGGAGGGCCGCUGAGCGACCCGGACACUUCUGAGAAGGGGCCGUCACCACCUGUGUAUAUAACCUCCUGGUAUCACUGCUACACUUAUCAGCCUUUUCACUUUUGAGGUUUUGUUCUUGUCCUGAAGUUCCCUGUUGCUUUCGGGGCUGAUGUCACCUGUAGGUGGCAUGUGAGUGGCCUUGGGGACUGCAGGGCAGGGGCCCCCUCUGCUUUUGGGGCUGCUCGGGGGUUCUGCUUGCUCAGCCGGGCCUCUCCUCGGGGCCACGAAGGGCCGUCCGGCCAAGCUGCACCCUCCUACCCACCUGUCCCCACGGGUGGCACACGCUCAGCCUUUUUUAAUCCUUGUUCCUUUCCGGCCACCUGUCUCUAGAGCCGGGUCCACGAGCAGCCUUAUGCCUUCAACGCACCUCUCCUUUCUAACGCGUCACCUUUGAUUGUAAUUACAUCCUGAAAGUCAUUCAAUAAAGAAGGAAAAAUCAGGCAUGCUA